GGGGCGGGCGCUGCCCCCGGGCCGGCGGCGGGGGGAGCCCAGCGCCCAGGUGCGGCCCAGCCCCGCCGCGCCCACCGGCCGCGGCGGCUUAUAAGGGACCGGACCGACGGGACGGGACGGGACGGGACGCGCUGGGAGGGACCCGAUCCGGGCGGGAACGGCCCAGGAUUUCAUCUGAUGUAGAUGUGAAGCUCCUAAAACAGAAACUUGUACUUCAAGGGGCGCCCAAGGAAAUGAGGUUUUUAGCUGGGCUGUCACAGAAACAGCUGCUCCCAACACGUGAAAGCCGGGAUCUGUCUGAGACGUCUCGAAGGGCUGCUUGACUAAGGACAACAGGAUCAGGACCCUCCCUGCCAGGGAAGUCACCAAUGGACUGUGGACACUCAGCUGAGAGCAGCGAGGAGAUCUCCAGCCCUGGCACAGAGCCCAGUUCCCUGCUGCCUUCUGCUGCCGGCAGCAAUUCCUGCCCACCCUCGGCGGCUGGGCAGCGGGCUGGGGCACCUCCUGGCAGACCUGCUGCUGCUAAUGCCGCUCGAGAGCGCAGUCGGGUUCAAACCCUGCGCCAUGCCUUCCUCGAGCUGCAGAAGACUCUCCCCUCUGUGCCACCUGACACCAAGCUCUCCAAGCUGGAUGUACUCCUCCUGGCCACCACCUAUAUCGCGCACCUCACCCGCAGCCUUCAGGAUGAGGAAGAGUUGCCAGGAGAGGGCCUGGGUACCCUCCGCGGGGAUGGAUACCUCCACCCUGUCAAGAAGUGGCCAAUGCGUUCCAGGUUGUACAUUGGAGCUACGGGACAGUUUUUGACUCACUCAGCACAAGGAGACGGUGCAAACCAAGGAGAAACAUCAACAGCUUCACAAAACUAAUCUCCCUUCUCGCUUCUAAAAAAAAUAAAAUUUUAUUUAUUACACCUUUAUAUAUAUUUAAGUUAAAAAAUAAUAUCUACAGACAAGCUGUAAUUCCUGAAAUACUGUUUGUAGAGGAGAAGGAAUUGAUUCUUAAAUGUAAUUAAUACCUCAUUAAGUUAAUGUGACAUGUGAUUGGUUUCUAUCAUAGAGGACAUUGCUGGGAUCUGAACUGGGGGAAAUGGAGGUGAUUGCGGUCAGCACCAACAGAAGCAGCCCCAAAGGCAGAGCUGCGAGCAGAAUAGGUAACCUCAGCCCCGCCAGGAUGAGCGGUGAAUAGGUGCAGUGUGGAAGAGGGAGGAGCAAGGAGCGAUGCAGUACUGGCUAAGUACAGAGCAGUACGGGCUUGGGUGAGAGGCGAAGGGCAAGUCUGAAAAUAGCCACCAAAAUCCCACGUGCACUUUCUUCACUGCAUGAACCCAAGGGCAGAAAUCCCCCUGACAGCAGUUGUCAGGUCAGGGCUUCAUCUGUCAGAUAAUCUGAAAUGUGUGUAGUUAUUCCUGAAAACAUGGCUGCAUGUUCACCGCAGGUAAAAAUGUGCUGAAAUCUAUCCCGUGUGCACACAGCGCUGCCUACAGCAGGCACAGACCGCUCUGUGUGUCAGGUAUUGCUCGUGGUGACCCCUAUGACAGUGUUGCAUGUUACAGGGUUCAAAAUGUGUUUUAAGUGUUAUCCCAGUACAACUACGUGUCUGCUCAUGAUGCCAAGGUUGGUUUAUCUCAUCUGUUAGUGGGUUCAUGCAUUCAAGCAAAUGAGCCUGAACAGUUGGCUUGUUCAUAGCACCUUUUUCACUUAAAUGUCUUCUAUAUUUAGGCAAGAAAAACUGAAACUAAAUGCACAAAUGCCAUCUAAUGUACCUGUUCUGUAAAACACUGUACUUCUCACAGUUUGUUAUUGCUGAGGUAAACAUUAAAUAUUAUUCAGUGGACAU